AUGGAUAUAAACAGCAGUUUCAGCAGAGUGUCUCUACAAGAUAUGGUGGUAUGUCUCGGGAGCAACCGAAUUACCAUAAUAUGGGAACAUAUAUUUGAGCAACACCAUUUCGUGCACUUCGGAGCUGUGUUCAUGGCAUUAUGUUCCAUUAGCCUAGUUACUAGUCUCUUCAUCUGCCUGCGAAAAAGUGAGACUCCAAUGGCUCUGAUUUCUUCAGCUCAAGUGUUUCCUUUUGGUGCUGAUAUGGAAUCAGAAGACGAAGAAGGGGGAGAAGAUGACGAUUAG